CAGUCCAGUAGCCGAACAGCUCUGCUUCAUGUUUUGGCAUCGUCUGCCUUUCUCAGUGGCUCUGUAACCGCGGCGCAACGAGCGGCGCUGGAGAUGCUGUGUUUCAUCGCGCACGGAGGUACACAGAAAGCUCAUGAUUCGAACACACGAGUCCAAGCCGCAGAAGAACGCAUAAACGCGUCUAUCUACCCUUACAGUCACGGAGCGAUGAAUGGGAGAUCCUUUCUGGAUGAAUUCUACGCCUGGGUUAUAUUAACAAACAGACCAAGAGAUUGCGGUUUUGUGAAACUGUGGAUAAAAUAGGAAGGUGAUAUUUGAUGAGUAGAACAGCUUUUUUUUGCGCGUACAGUGCCGUCCGCGAUUAUGGAUUAUCCGUAAGAGAAAGGGAAAGGGAAAAAGAGACAGAUGCUGGUUUAUACUUCUACACAACUAACGUGAAUGAUAUCGUUAUCUGGUCUUAACCACAAUCGCGUAGCAUGUAUUCCCUGGUGCUGAGACAUUCUGCACGGCUGUCUGAAGAAUGAGCGCUGCUGCGCAACACGGGAAAACCAUGUGCGGCGGAGAGGAAUAGAGAGUCCUUCUUCUGGUUUUUAAAUACCUGUGUAUGUUUUCUGUGUGUAUGUGUGGAGCGCGCUUAGAGCAUUAAAAUCAAGAAACGGCUGUCCUCAGGAUGUCAGGAUAUCAGGGAUCAGUUCUCCACAAAGACAGGUGUGACGGACAGGCGGAAUAGUUCGCCAAGGGGAGAACGGGGAGCGAGGACUGAAAGGAACCGAUACCGAUUAAUUAUUACUGACAAUACCCUCGGAUUUCCCCUUGUCACCUCCGUUCGCAUAAAUACAACCUGGGAAAAGGGGAACGCGGAGAAGAUCACUGCUAAGACCGGGAGCACCGGGCACAUCUUUUCCUGCCACCGUCAGCGCGCCCGCUGACACAUCGCCAUGACGACACCGUCCCCUCCCGUCACCCUCCUGCUCGCCCUGCUCUGGCUCGCUGCCGCCACGUUCCCCGAGGAGCCGGGACCGCUGAACCCCGUGCCAACCGACGUGGUCCGUCGGUAUCCCGUGUUCCUGGGUCGUGCUCAUCGAUCGUCAACGAGACAUGAGCGGCUGCACAUACAGAGGAUCCUCAAGGUGAACCGGACCCUCUACAUCGGAGCCAGGGAUGACCUGUUCCGCGUGGAGCUGGACAACGUCGCUGGAGACGAGAUGUUCUACAGCAAGAGGCGAACAUGGGAGUCCAACAAGAACGACAUCCGAAUCUGCAGGAUGAAAGGCAAGCACGAGGAUGAGUGUCGGAAUUUUAUAAAGGUCUUAUUGAGCCGGCCAGGUGGUCUGUUCAUCUGUGGGACAAACGCCUUCAACCCUCUGUGUGCCAAUUACACUAAGGACAGUCUGGAGAUGGUCGGAGAGGUCAUUGGUGGGAUGGCCCGGUGCCCCUACGACCCUAAACACGCCAACGUGGCCCUGUUUGCAGAGGGCAGCCUCUUCACCGCCACAGUGACAGACUUCCUGGCCAUCGAUGCCGUCAUCUACCGCAGCCUGGGGGAGAGUGCGGCCCUGCGGACCAUCAAGCACGACUCCAAGUGGUUCCGAGAGCCGUUUUUCGUCAGCGCCGUGGAGUGGGGACCGCAUAUAUACUUCUUUUUCCGAGAAAUGGCCAUGGAGUUCAACUACCUGGAGAAGGUGAUGGUGUCUCGGGUGGCGCGGGUGUGUAAGGGAGACCUGGGCGGGUCUCAGCGGGUCCUGGAGAAGCAGUGGACGUCCUUCCUGAAAGCCCGUCUCAAUUGCUCUGUGCCUGGCGACGCCCACUUCUACUUCAACCAGCUGCACUCCACCAGCCCCGUGCUUCACUUGCAUGGCAGGGACAUCAUCCUGGGGGUGUUCUCCACGCCCACAAACAGCAUUCCCGGGUCGGCUGUGUGCGCCUUCGACAUGCAGAAGCUCGCCCGGGUGUUUGAGGGCCGGUUCAAGGAGCAGAAGUCCUCCGAGUCCAUCUGGACCCCAGUCCCAGAUGAACUUGUCCCCCAGCCCAGGCCAGGGGGCUGUGCCGUCCAGGGGUCAAAGUUCAACUCCUCCACCGCCUUCCCGGACGAGGUGCUGAAUUUUGUGAAGACUCACCCGCUGAUGGAUGAGACGGUGCCCUCACUCGGUCAGAGCCCUUGGAUUGUGAAGACAAUGGUCAGGUACCAGCUGAACAUGAUGGAGGUGGACACGGAGGCGGGGCCAAACAGGGACCGCACCGUCCUCUUCCUGGGCUCCACCAGAGGGACCGUCCUCAAAUUCCUCAUCAUGCCUGACAGGGACAAUCCCACAAGCACCACCAGUGUGUUCCUCGAGGAGCUCGAGGGCUACAACCCAGACAAGUGUGGCGAGGACACUCCCCAAGCUCGCUCUCUGCUCUCCAUGGUGCUGGACCGGCCCAGUGCCUCUCUGCUCUUGGCCUUCCCGUCCUGUGUGGUGCAGGUAGCAGUGGCUCGCUGCCAGCUCUACGCCGACUGCACAAAGACCUGCAUCGCCUCGCGGGACCCGUACUGCGGCUGGACCCGAGGAAACACCUGCUCCUUCCUCAGACCGGGGACCAGGUUGCCAUUCGAGCAGGAUGUGGACCACGGGAACACGUCCCAUCUGGGCGACUGCGAUGGCCUGCCGGAGAAGAGCUUCGUGGAGGAGGUAGACAACCUGGUGUCCAUCAACCUACUGGUGGUAGCUGCAGUGUCAGCUUUCGUCACCGGGGCGGUGCUGUCCGGCCUGGUGGUGUGCUGUAUCAUGGGGCACAAGCGGCGCCCGCGAGCUCGCGGCGCCGGAGCCGGGGCUGCGGGCCGACACCGCGGCGACAAGACCCCAGGCGGAAGCGGAUCUGUAGUGAGCGUCACCCGGCCCGGCGGUCCUGGCGACCGGUCCCGCCCACAAGCAGAGACCUUCUUCAUGAUGCCCAAUGGAUGGGCGGAGCCUGGAGACCUGGAUGCAGGUUUGCUGCCCACACCAGAGCAAACUCCUCAGCAGCAAAAGCGGCUUCCUCCUGGCCUCCGUCUCUCCGACUCCGGUUGGGACCAGAGUCAGACGUACCUUGGGCCGGCUGGGACACCAUGCCCACUGACCUCCUCCUCCAUUUAUCUGAGUUCCAAGCUUCUGCAGGGCGGUGGGGGUCGACGGGAGGAUCUGGGCGGAGCCAACUUCCCCAUGGAGCGCCAGUGCUUCCUCUCCCUGACCCGCCCCUUGGAGCAGAUGGGCCGCGGCGGCGGCGGCACGGUGCUGCGUAACUCGGCGGUGGAGUACCGCUACCCGGCGACGCCGCAGGACUCGCCCGACCGCCGCAGGGUGGUCUCAGCGCCGAGCGCCCAGCUGGACUUCGGAGACGCCCUGCGCUGGGCCCAUGGGGGGUACGCAUUUGACAGCGGCGGCCCUGCCCCCCCAAACCCAGGCCACCACCGCCCCAGUUCCCACCCCCACCACAAUGCGGCCCGCAUUCCAGGGCUGCACCAAUCACGGGGGUACAACAACGUGCCGGACAUGGGCCACUUCCUGGGUAAAGUCGCGCGCGAGCGGACUCCUUCCGGCCAAUGAAUGGAAGCGAUUCCAGAACACAGAACCCAGCCCUCUAAACCGACACCCCCUGAAGUCCUCUAUGCCGACCCCACCCCCAUGCACACAUUAAGUCUGCUGCCCUUCCCCUGCAUACCAUACAUGCGCAGACAUUUGCUAACCGCGUGACGAUAUGACACGAAACCGAUAACAGGAGAUACUGAGGCGCUCGAAAAGCACUUUACUGAGGAUCCGGCGUGAUUCCUGUUACGAAGCAAUCGACUCUAGAUCAGCCAAGUUAAUGUGACACGUCCGUCCGAUGUGUGACAGACAAAUGGCGUGCGAAGGAACUUGGGAAUUCAUGAGUCAGUAUUGACCGUGGACUGCACACUCCACACCCUGGCUUAAUGUGAAAUAUGGUGAGAAAUUGCUGGGGUUGUUACUGCAGAAAAACCCAUCAGAGGAAUGUAAGCAGACUGUGCUGUCUAUAAUGGCGGGUUAUGUUUGGGGCCCUCUAGUGGACACUUGAAGCACUCUCAGCUGGAGCACACUACUGGAUGACUGCUCCAACACAAAGUUAUUUGUAUGUAAUUCACAGUGGGAAUGUAAUGAAGAAGGAACCGAGUGGAGAGAAAGUGUAAGACUCUUCAUUUGACGCGUCUGACUGUUUGGUGUCACUACCAGGAUUCCGGUAGGAAGACUCUCAACUUCAAACUAGCGGAACUAGUACAUACAGAUACACACCUGGCGCCACCUAUAGGUGGUUCGGAAAUGGGCGCCAUGCCACAUCCCUCAGCCCAAUAACUGGUGACUGUGUGGGCUGGACUCUCCCUCUCUCAUCCUUUGCUACUUCUCUUCUCCCAUGACCUCAUUGUAGUGUUGGGUCGUUUUGUACAAGGCCUUCGUUCAGUGCGGGACAGAGCCAUUGUGGGGGCUGAGCUCUUUGCGUCUCCUUGUUUAAAAUUGUGACGGCCCUUAUCGGCGUGAUUUAUUACCCCCCCUUCCCCCCACCCCAACUUCUUAUGAGCCACUGUUACUCGUAACCCGCAGCCCCAGGAUUUGUACUCAAAGGUUUACUGGUGUUCGCUGGUGGGUUCCAGGCCUGUGAGCAGCCAAUGAGCUGCUCAGUUCUCAUUUGACCACUUGCAUAUACACACACACGCAUACAAACAUGCACACGUAUGCAAACAGAGAGUCACACAUUCACAUACAAGGCAACAUGCAUCGAAUGGCAGAUGCAGACUGAUCACCCCUCCCAGGUCUGCGUGGUGGUCUUUCUGGAGCCAGAAACAGGCUUGGCGCUGAACUAGUGGACACUCAUUAUCUGUGCGCAAAGCUCCGUAAUGAGCUACGCAAGGAUCUGCUAUAGACACUCUGGGAACGAUUUAAGCCGAGGCAUUUUAAUGUGCUUCAGAUCUCCGCCCCUGGCUGAGUUACCUUCAUUUAGUGGAGUGAUUCAGUCAUUUCAGGCUGCGGUUAAAAUGAAGAGCCCGGUAUUAAAAAUCAGGUCUGAUGUUGGAAGCAAAGACAACCACAAUAAAAAAGCCUGGGGAUGGUGUUA